GAUUCACUGUGGAACAUUUUCAUCACACACCGGUUCAUCUGGGAGCUUCAAUGGUUUUGCCCUGUUAUAACGAUAAACCCUCUAGAAUGAAGCGUCUGAAGGUGGAAUGGAGAAAAAAAGACUUAAAGGAUCUGGUUCAUCUGUAUCAAGGUGGUCAGAGUCGAACAGAUGAACAACACCAGGAUUAUCAAGAUAGAGCUCAUUUCUUUACUGAGCACUUUAAAGAUGGAAACUUCUCCCUCCGUCUGGACAAACUGAGAUCUGAAGAUGAGGGACAGUACACAUGUACAGUUCACAGCAGGGGUCGCAAGCAGUUUUCAGCCAAGAUAAAUGUGGUACUAAGGCUACUAGACACAGUCUUCCGUCUUCAGAUGUUUCUUGUUUUCUGUCCAAAUGUUCUGAUGUUUCUUGCGUUUGUCGUUUGGGGUGUUUCUGAAGGGUCUCUGUUUGAGACGGUCUCUUGUUGUGCUCUUUAUUUUCUGAGGCCUCUCAUGUUGCUCUGGACGGCUCCGUAUGUGAAUGACUUCACAGACAAGAUUAAAACAUGGAUUGAUACUUACAGUUUUAGGACAGAAUACGUUGUUUUUUCAGCUGUUUUUUAUUCAGUGUUAGAUAAAAUAAUUGGGAAAUUAAGUCAGCGGAUCAGUACUAUAUUCGGUGUUCUGGCUGGCAUAAGCUUAGAUGUUCUGCCUUCACUACAAUUCAUCCUUCUGUUUUAUGCCUUUGGAUCUGCCAGAGGAGGAUUCAUCAUUGUUGCAGUUUUACCAGUGAUUCUCACAAUCACCAGAUACAACUGGGAUCGUACAUGUGGUCAUCGGAUGGGCUGUUCACCUGCUGUCAGGAGAUCAGUGUAUUUAACGGUCUUGAUACUGGUCAGCGCUGUCAUGGUCUAUUUCUACAACUCAGCUCUGGAAAAUGAAAAGGAUCGUGUUGGAUGGGCCUGUAUGAUUGCGUUUCUUCAGUUUCUCUGGACACUGAUCAACUUCACACGCUCAUUUCGGUCAUCAUGGGCUCUUCUCCGUGUUGUUCCUGUGUAUGUGUUUGGAUCAGUUGGUGUUGUUUUACUGAACUCUGUUGCUCUGAUGACUGAACUGAUCCACAAAACAGUUAAUGGUGAAGGUGUGACAGGAGACAUGAGGAUCAUCGUCUUCUCCUCUGAAUUCAUCUUCACUUUAUUUCUGAUGAUUUUAAUGGUUUUUCAACCAUGGAUCAAACCAUGUCUGCAGUCAUGUCAGAAGGCAAUGAAGUCUCUUCAAACUAGAGCUGCUGGAUCACAGAAUCAGGAAUCUCAGAAUGCAGCAGCAGCAGCUUCUGAUGAAACUCCAGCCAGUGGAUCAAACCAGAACCAGAACCUGAACACAACAGAAUCUCAGGAGAUGAAUCCUCUACUGGACAAACAAAACCAGGAGAACGGCAGGAGCGACACAACAGAGGAAAAUCAGCCGGAUUCAGUGGUUACACAAUUAUAAAAAAAACACUCUUGAGAAGCUUCUGACUGUGAUUUAAGAGAAGAGUUCAGUUUCAUUCUUCAUUUGUUAUUGAGGCCGUUAUUUAAUGCAUGUUUGCUUAGUUUUGUAAAUCAGUGUUAAUUUCGUUGACGAAGACUAUGACGAAAAAUAUUCGUCAACGAACAUUUUUUACAGACUAAACAAAACAAAACUAAAUAAACAAACAAAACUAAAUAAAAAGACAGAUAUGAUGACGAAGACGAUGACGAAAUUUAACUGACACUUCAGUCAACGAAUAAAAACGAGAGGAAAAUGUUGGGGCGGGACAAAUGGAGAAGAGAUCCAAUAAGAACUACCCUUUUGUGGGGAAAUCCAAUCAGAGCGAAUCUUUUGAGGGCAGGUUGAUCUUGGCAAAGCCAUUUUCAAAAGCCGCGGUUUUGAAGUUAUGAGGACGUUUGUUAUACAUUAUAUUUAGUUAUACAUUAUACUUGGUUGCACAGUCUUGGUUACAAAGCUUUGGUUAAUUUAAGUUGACUUUUCUCGUUAGCAACACGCUAACGUUUUGUGCACGCGGUCCGAGGGCAGCGGUAUGUCUCAUGAACAGACAGACAGACAGAAAUGUCAGAGCUUGCUCUAGAAUGUCAUAUGCGUUUCAUAUAAUUCAGGGACAAUGCGUAUCUUUUUCAGGGAGCAUGUAUAUUGUUCAGGGA